GUCGGCAUUUUGGGCUUUCAAGAUGGGUACGUUCGCGGUGGUGGUGGCCGCACUGGCGGCAGCGGUGCUUGGCUGGGAGCCCAUGCCGGACGGAUACGAGCUGAUUGAUGGUCCUGCAUUAAGAGACCGUGAAUCGAUCGAUGCAUGGCGUGCCGAAUGGAGUACGUGGAAGCGGAAGGAGCUCCAGUCCGUUCGGUACGACCCCAACGGCGCCUGCAACGUCUACAACGUUCCGUUGCUGCAAUGGACACAGCGCAGUUUCGUGCAAGUGUUUGCUAUGUUGCAUGACCGAACGCUCUUCGACCGAACAAGAAAUGUUUACACCGUCGACAAUUUCCUUACGACGCUCGGGUUGCCCAUUGACAGUGUGCUCCUGUGGCCAUCGUAUCCGAAUCUCGGGAUCGAUGCGCGCAAUCAAUUCGACUUUUGGUCGAUCCUACCAGGAGGACUCGACGGACUGCGCUCUCUCGUCGAUGAAUUCCACGCCCAUAACGUGACUGUGUUCCUGCCGUACCAACCCUGGGAUACGGCCACUCGCAAUGACGACCAGACACUUCCACGCUAUCGCUCCGACAUUGCAGCGCUCCACACCAUCGUUGACGCCAUCGGUGCCGACGGAAUCAACGGCGACACCAUGUAUGGCGUUCCUGCGUCCUUCUACAACUGCUCGUCGCCAACCGCGAUCUGUCCAGAGGGCGGACUUCCUUCUCACACGCUCGCCGUGAAUGCCAUGAGCUGGGGAUAUUACUUUGGUUUCUCGCAGUUCCCACCUGUGGCACGGUCCAAGUUUUUGGAGUCACGGCACACGCCCCUAGUGUGCGCCCGAUGGUCCUUGAGCCGCACAGUGGAGCUCCAAAUGGCGUUUUUCAACGGGGCUGGGUACGUCGUGUGGGAAAACAUUUGGGGAAUUUGGAACCCCAUGACAGACCGAGAGUGGCAAGAGCUCAAGCGGACGUCCGCCAUCUUGCGCACUUUCCCUGACGCUGUACAUUCGGCCGAUUGGCAACCUUACGUGCCCGACCUCCCCACGAAUGUUCAUGGCAGCGCGUUCCCGACCCCAUCCGCCCCUUCGGUCCUCUUCACGUUUAUCCACACGUCGCCAAGCGAUUUCGUCGGAGUCGUGGCUCUUGACGUACCUAGGGUGACCGACGCUGUCGUGUUUGAUCUGUACCAUGGACAUCAAGUCAACUCGACGGCAAGCGCCCAACACCGACUAACUGUGCCGCUGACUCUCGAAGGCUACGGCUACGGAGCACUCUUGGUGGUGGACCGCAGCGAAGCCGCAGAGUUGGAUAGCUGGUUACCUGCAUUUUUGGCCAAGAUGCGAAACAUGACGGCCUUGCCCCUUGCAGCAUAUAACACGGAUCGACUGCUGCUGCCUCAAGCCAUGACUUCUUUGCAAACCACGACGACCACCAUCAUGACCGCAAGCGACGUCGAGCUAUCUACCGGUGCCGACCACCCCCCCGAUUUCACGCUCGUGUCAAUUCCAGGGACCGAAGCGUGGAAUUUCACUGUACAUGGCGUCCAAAUUGAGCCAGUGCCGGCAUGGACACCAAACGGCGACGUCCUAUAUGGAGUGGGGGUGCAGUUUCCCUGGGAAAGCCGGCCAUCGCCGCAUCAUUCGCAAGAGCUGUGGGUCGAUCCGUUCCUCAUGAUGAAGUAUCCCGUGACGAAUGCUCAGUACCACACGUUUCUCCAGCAAUCCAACUACACCCCACCCGAUUUGUCGCAGUUCCUUGCGACGUGGCACCACCGCUACGUGGGGCGCUCCCUCCUCUACGAGCCUGUGUCGACGUGGGUGUAUCCCCCUGAGACAGCGGACCAUCCUGUCGUGCAUGUUUCUGUCGAGGAUGCGCGAGCGUUUGCUGUGUUUUACGGCCUCCGUCUCCCCCACGACUGGGAGUGGCAGUAUGUGGCGUCGAAUGGCCCGUCAAACCAGUCGACGUUGCAUCCCUGGGGCCACACUUAUGAUCCAUCUCGGGUGCCGCCUGUUCUUCGCGACGGCGACGAUGCCCAAGUUGCUGUCGGGACAUUUCCCGUCGGGUGCACGGAUGCUGGAGUGUGCGACCUCGAGGGACUCGUGUGGGAGAUGACCGACACAUUCUGCGACUCCCGAACGUGCAGCCUACUCCUGCGCGGGGGUAGUCGGUACCAGCCCGUCGCGUCCAGUCUGAACGACCCAAACUGGUACUUUCCCCAUGUCAAGUCGGUCCAAGAGCAUGGCAAGUGGCUUCUCUUGUCUCCGAGCUAUGAUCGAUCGGCCACGGUCGGGUUCCGAUGCGUCCGCGACGCAGCAUUUGAGUUGUAGAUGCACUCGAGAUAGAAUCGAUUAACUGCUGCGAGGUGCGCCGUCGUGGGGGACUUGAAACACGUCGUGCUUGGGGGUAUGUGGGUAGAUGUACUUGAGAACGUGGACGUUGAGCACGAGCUCGUGCAAGGUCGGGAACGACACAAUCGACAUGCUGUCGUGCAAAUACACUUCGAAUUGCCGUGGCGAUGAAUGCUUGUACUCGAUCGGAACCAUUUCGACGCGGCCGGCGGCCGUGACAAAUACCACGACAAGGCACGAAGGUUUCGUCUCUGAAAAACGAAGGAGGAACGUGCCUGGCACGCACGGGCGGAGCAUGUUCUGGCACGAAGAUUUCGAAAUGAACCCGUGGAGCAGGCGUGGGUGCUUGAAUCCCCACAACCGUGACGUCUUGAUGCAGGAUAAGAGUGGCUCGAACCAUGUCCAAAACGCACGAAACAUUUGGACAUCGACAAAGCCA